CUCACAUUUGGCCAUUGUCUGCGUCCUCCAACCAUGGCUACAGCGGUUUAGGGGGACACCGCACACGCACAGACCCAGAGGGGCGCCACCAAAAGACAACAUCACGUCAGGAGGAAGAAAUCAUUGGUUUCAGCUUGAAAGGGGGGGGGCUACGGCAGAGUAGCAGAACUUGAGGAGAAAACUCGUUAUCUCAGGCAAAAGGAUUAUAUCUCUUUCUCCAAAUUUCUUAAAUAAACAAUUUCUCACAUUUUUCCAAGUUUCUACAGGACUGCAUUGGAUUUAUAAAAAACUUUUUGAAUCAAUUUUCGCAUCCAGGUGAAAGUUUUCGGAUUAUCCUCUGAGGUCGACUGUGCUUUACCAUCUAGGGGAUCUACCUGCUUAUCCUCUCCACCUGGAACAACUUAGAUGAGCUCAACCUGCUAAGAACCCACCAAACAACAAGUUCGAGGCUGAAUCGACGGCUGCAGCAAAACUGAAUUCACCUUCAAGGGUUUUGUUUUCUACAUGCAGCUUGCGACCUCUGGAAUGACUAAUUAUCUGACCAGAAUUAGUUGAUUCUCAUCUCUCCUGCUCUCCUUCUCUCACUCUCUCCCUCCUGUUGUUGUGUUGAUUGGUGUGUGGCAGUGGACCCUUGAAGAUGUUGUUGAAGAUGAACUUCACCCAGCAGAGGCGGGUGCGUCUGGCACAGGGCCUCUGGCUGCUGUCAUGGCUGGCAGUGAUGUGCGGGGCCUUCAUCUUCUGUCUUGGUGUUUACCUAAAGACAGAGCUGAUACGCAGGGAUGAGGUAAUGGAGAACACGGAGAUCCACGUGGUGCCCAACAUCCUCAUGAUGGUGGGCCUGGCCUCCAUCGGCACCAACUGGCUUGCCAGUCGCAUGUGUCAGGACUCCUUGGAUGCGAGCCGCUUCCCUCGCUGGAAGGUUCUCAUGCUGGCUUGGUUCUUCGUGGCGGCGCUGGUCUGUUAUAUGCUCAUCGGCGUUGUGGUGCUCAGCUAUGCCCUGCAGGGAAGACUGGAGGAGUCCCUGAAGGUUGGCCUCAGGAAUGGUAUUCGUUUCUACAAGGACACGGACGUGCCAGGCCGCUGUUUCCAGAAGGAGACCAUUGAUCGUCUGCAGAUGGAGUUUCGCUGCUGUGGAAACAACAAUUUCAAGGACUGGUUCGAGGUUCAAUGGGUCAGCAACAGAUACCUGGACUUCACUUCCAAAGAUGUCAAGGAUCGGAUCCGGAGUAAUGUGGACGGCCGUUACCUGCUGGAUGGCGUUCCCUUCAGCUGCUGUAACCCGGCGUCCCCUCGUCCCUGCAUUCGCUACCACCUGACUGACAACAGCGCCCACUACAGAUACAACUACCAAGAAGAGGAGCUCAACCUGCACAUCCGUGGCUGUAGACAAGCUCUGAUUGAUUACUACAUGGGCUUAUUGAAUUCAACUGGUCCUGGUGUGAUUUCCGUCAUCUUAAUACAGAUGUCAGUGCUGCUGAGCCUGCGGUACCUGCAGACGGCUGUGGAAGGGGCCAUGGCUCUGGAGGACCCAGAGGGCGACAGCGAGGGUUACCUCCUGCAGAAAGGAGUGAAAGAAACCAUUGAGGACGUCAAAGCCAGUGUCCUCAGCUUGCUUAAGUUUGGGCAGGUUGACCCCAGCGCCGCCGAAGAGUCCCCUGUGGCUGCAGAUGGCGACAAAGAAGCUGAUACUCCUGCCAGCUAGAGAGGGGGAGAACAACAAUCUUCAAAUGCGAGUUGAGGAGGAAAGGAUGCCAGGGUGUGGGUGGGGGGUGUCUGAGGUUCUUGUUGAGUUUGGCUGGUGGCGGGUAGGACACCUGUUGGGUUUUGACACAUUAGACUUGAUUUAUGCUCCACUGACGCAGCAGCCGCAGCUCCAUGGCCAAGACAAGGCGACACAUGGGGGAAUCUUAUCAGGCCCUGCACAGACCCCACAACAAACACCUCCACUGUGCAGGAAUUCAUGAAUGUGUAACCACCAGAGAACCUGCUCAGGAGAUGCGUAGUACUUUUUGUCGUAAACUAGAAUGGAUGCAGCGUACACAUACAGACAUGUACUUUAAAUAAAUGUUUUUGACUUAAAUUUGUCCAAAUUACAAUCCCAUGAUUCUAACAUUGAUACCAUGUGCAAUGUAUUAUUUAUUUCACUGCUCUAGAGUUUUUACUAAACUGCAAUAUAAUGCUUAGAAACCUUGAAAUGUCAACGCAUCUGAGUGAUACAUUAAAGGUAGAAGUUUUUAACUGC